AUGUUUGCUACCAAACUUGAAAGACCACCUCCCCCCGGAAUCACAAUCGUCAAAUCCGACAACCUAGAAGAAUGGCAAAUGGACAUCCAAGUCCUCGACUCCAACCCGCUGUACCUGAACCAGAUCUACCGGCUGAAAUUCACCUUCAGCAAUAAAUACCCUAUUGAACCCCCAGAAGUCCAAUUUAUCGAACUCGCCCCCACAACCGAAACCCCGCGCCCGAUCCCCAUCCACCCACACAUCUACAGCAACGGGAUAAUAUGUCUGGAUCUGCUCAGUUCCGCGGGGUGGUCGCCCGUGCAGACGGUCGAGAGCGUCUGCAUGAGCAUCCAGAGCAUGUUGACCGCCAAUUCGCGUGACGAGCGGCCCCCCGGCGACAAGGACUUCGUGUCGUAUAAUCGGCGCAGGCCCAGGGAUAUUAAUUUCUUUUAUGAUGAUGAUAAUGUAUAG